AUGUUUGGGGCCGGGGCGGCUUUCCUCUUGAUGCGAGAGCGGCUGCGGCUGCAGGCACUGCAGGAGGCCCGGAAGGAGGCUGCUUGCGGGUUGGAGGAGCGAUGGGAGGAGAUGCGGACAAGCUCGGCGAUAGAAACCUUGAGCCGCGUGGUGAAGCGAGCUACGGCGUACGCAGAGCUGGAUGGCAGGUGCCGGGGGCCGAUAGUGGUCGUAAGCACCGAGGACUCAAGCCAGAGCCCAGAGGAGAUAGAGCCGGAGGAGCCGCGCUCUGCUACAGGGCGGCAGACACACCAGGCAUGUGCGGCGUCCCUGGACCAGCUCUACGCGCAGGCGGUCCUCCUCGACCCCAUCUUCCUCCUCAAGGUCCAGUCGCUCGCCGAGACCGUCGACGGCUACUUGCCAGCAUGGGAGGGUAGAGAGGGGCCCUCGUACGUGCGCUGGCGGGAGGCGGUAGCGGAUAGAUCGAUGGAGAGGCGGGUGAGGUGGGCGAGCAUCAAGAGCGCGUCGAGGGCCAUCGAGAAGGUCCAGCUGCUAUGCCACGGCAGACUCUCAGACCUCACGGACGUGGUGCGGCAGAGCCUUGUGUUCACGGGGGUAGAGGAGCUGACGGAGUCGGGACGUGGCGAUCAACGUGCGGGUGGUGAACGAGGAGACGAGGAGGAGGGGGGUAGAGGGGCACGUGUGCGAGCUCAGGCUGAUCCUGAACCGCGGGCAACGGCUGACAGGGAUGGCUGUUGGGAUGGGGCGACUAGCGACUUGUGA